CAAAGUUCAGGAUACAUAACAGUGAUAAUAAACCUGAUUCUGAUUCUGAUUUUGAUUCAUUUACCUUUAUAUGAUGGGCCCGGAACAGUUCCUCUGAGAUAGUGACUCCCAUGAAUUUAAGUUACUGACCCUCCAGUGAUUACUGGCUCACGGACCUCUACUUUCCUUCCCUCCCCCAAAGUUGACAAUCAGUGUGUUGAUCCACUUGUGGUGAUCUAUUCAGGUCAAGUAGAGUUGUCUGUAGUACAUUGUAGCCAUGUGUGUGAGCUCCAGGCACUUACGCAAAUGUUUAAGGGUGCAAUUCUUUGUACACUCAGUGGCCAUAUUGUAGGAACACCUGUACACCUGCUCAUUAAUGCAAAUCCAAUUAUGUGGCAGCAUCUCAAUGCAUAAAAUCAUGUCAAGAGGCUGAGUUGUUGUUCAGACCAAACAUCAGAAUUGAGAAGAAAUAUGAUCUAAGUGGCUUUGACCAUAAAAUAAUUGUUGGUGUCAGAAGGGGUGGUUUGAGUAUUUCAGAAACUGCUGAUCUCCGAGGAUUUUCGCGUUUAGCAGUCUCUGGAGCUUACAGAGAAUGGCAUGAAAAUGAAAAAAAAAUCCAGUGAGCUAUAGUGUAGUUCUGUGGGCAAAAGCGCCUUGUUAAUGAGAGAGGUCAGAGGAGAAUGGCCAGGCUGGUUCAAGCUGACAGGAAGGCGACCGUACCUCAAAUACCCACGUUACCAUAGUGGGGUGCAGAAGAGCAUGUCAGACCACACAACACAUCGAACCUUGAAGUGAGUGGGCUGCAACCGCAGAAGACCGCAAACACAGGCAGUGGCCACUUUAGUAGCUACAGAGGGUACCCAAUAAAGAGGCCACUGAGUAUAUACGUUGGUGUGUGUGUGUAGCUUUAUCUGUGUUCACUACUGAAUGCGUAUGAACUGCUGUGCUCGUGUCCAUGUGUGCAUGCGGGGCUAAAAUGUUCAGAGGUUUGAAAUGAUGUGGCAGGGGCGCGGAUGCAUCCCAGUCUCUAUUGCAGAACAAUGCAUUAUAGCCUUUUCUGUGCGUUCAUGAUAAAUUGCUGCUACCUGAUGUCAGUGUGAUUGAGCUGUGAGCAGUCUCAGGAAGUUAAAGAUCGUUCGGCUCUCCCGUCAGAGCCGCAGGGCGCAGGACAGUAAAACUGAGCAGAGUUCCCACGGAGCUCUCAGAAGAGCGCGAGUAUCCCCUCGUGAUCCCCGCGACCAGGGCUCCUCAGUGAUCCUCAGAGCAGAACUCAUUGUGGGACCUUCCUGUGGACCGUUUGCCCACUGCCCGGGGCGCCGCAGGAGACUGGACCUGCGGUAUCGUCCUCCGUGCCCUCGGCCAGCGGACUACUCGCUUUUGACAUUAAAACUUCUAUUGGGACUCCAACAGAGAUGAAUGCAGACCACAUUUAAAAGAUUAUGCGCAUAACUUUAAAUCACACGGUAAAACUUGCUCCGAGGGGCUUGGACUCAGUUUUGUUUUAUGUUUCUGAAGCCAGUUUCGCCCACGGACACCGCACGCAGUGAACAGGAGCCCCCAUUCAGCCGAGACUGCGCGCUCUACACACACCGGGCAGCGAGAAUUCCCACUCUGGGACGCUUCAUUCUGAACGGGGCGCCCUCAAGCGUUGCUCUUGGUUCAAAUGCGACGUGCGAGGCUGGGCCCGGCCGCUUUGAUUGGUGUGUGUGUGUAACCCAAUCUCUAUAUUCCGACUCACCGGCGCAGGUAGGCAGCACUCCCGACCGUGGGUUAACACUAACCUCGCAGUCAAGAGUCACACGUUAGAUUACCUUGAACAGUUGCCAAAGCACUGCUGACAAAAGACCCUUGUUAGCCCCAUCUGAGGGUAUUUGUUCCUGAUCUGUGCAGGAUUUAUUGAGUUCAAGCCCGUGAUAUAAAUAUUUCAGCCACAUUGUGAAACAUUCCGAACACAGCUCCCAACGGUUAGACGCGAAGAUGAAAAACAGACGGUGCCGAAUUAUUUUACGUAUUUUGGGCUGAUUGUAAACUCAGCAAUCAUCUCCAUACAUCAGGAGCUAUAAAGAAACACCCAGCGGUUAAAUAAAAUUGCGAUCAGCAGCGAUUCACUAAGUGCAUUUGAACCAAGCAUCUGGAAGACUGGUAAAGGAUCUUUUGCAAAAACUAACGUCACUGCACGGUUCACGGCUGCAGUUUAACUAUAACACUUUUGCCUGCGAGUUUCACUGAGGUAGUUAAUUGCAACUUUCACAUUCUCUGUAAGUUUCACUGCUACUUCUCUCAAACUUCACAUUUCAAUGCAGGAGGUUUUGCUGCAUGCUUACAAGUGCGGCAGUUUCAUUCAGAAGUCUCACAUCGAUAUUCCACAAGCGUGCUCAAGUUGAAUUAUCUCUCUCUCUCUUCUGUUCUGUGUGGAGAUUCCGCGGGCCUGUUAUUAACGCUCGCUCCAUCGGGCUAGGACACGAAUUUCCUGGAUACAGCGAUCAGCUCAGUGCAUCAGGCGGGAGGCUGCGGACCGCACGGAUCGCGCUGACGCUGAGAGCCUGGUGCCUGGGAGAAUGGGGCUGAGAGCAGGGUGAGCGGUUUGUAGUCACUGUGAUGACUUGCUCGGGCUGCCUCUGCUUUCUGCUCCUGACUUGGGACAUACCGACACCCGCUAUACCUCGCCGGCUUCUUGCCCAAACCUGAACCCUUGCCGAAGUGACAUCGUCUGAGGAUAUGCGGCUCGCUGCCGCACGCUGGCCUCGCCUCCGCGGCCGUCAGCUGCUCUGCUUCGCCUUGGUUCUUCUGUCCCAGCUCGCCGUCUCGCCGUCACUGCUGACAGGUUCCGUGGCCGGUUGUGAGGAGGAAGGAGCCGUGAUAGAGAUCCCACUGAUCACAGACAACCCCUGCAUCUCCUGUCGGUGUCUGAACAAAGAGGUGCGAUGUACCAGAGAGAAGUGUCCCCCACUGCCCAAACACUGUGCGCUCGUCAUCAAACAGACCGGAGCCUGCUGUGAGAAGUGCAAAGAGUGUGUCUUGGAUGGGAAGGUGUACAACAGCUCUGAAGACUGGCUUGUCCCCUCCAAACCCUGCUUGACCCGGACCUGUCAGGAGGGUGUUAUUACUGAGUCAGAAGUGCUGUGUGUGGUCCACUGCAAGCAUCCCGUCCAGCCCGGGCAUGGCUGCUGCCCAGUGUGUCCGGGUUGUGAGUUUGGUGGACACCACUACCAGGAAGGGGAACAAUUCUAUCCAGAUGGAGACCGUUGUAUUAAAUGUUCCUGCACGGGUGGCGCAUUGCACUGUGUCCGUGAGGUCUGUCCCAUUCUCUCCUGCCCGCAUCACCUCAGCCGAGUGCCAGCUGGAAUGUGUUGCCCCCGGUGUUUUGGUCAGAGACGGGUGUUUGACCUGAGUGCCAGGAGCUGCUUGUUUCACAGUAAGGUCUACGAGCAUCAAACCUCGAUUGCCUAUGAUAACUGCACCUCGUGUGUGUGCAAGGAUUCCAGCGUAAUCUGCAGGAAGCACUGUUCUCCCCCCGGGUCCUGCCGGGAUCGAGGGCAGUGCUGUGAGGAAUGUCUGUCCCACAUUUCCGCUGAGCAGUUCAAACUUUGUCGAGUUGGGAACAGGGUCUACAAGGAUGGAGAAAUGUGGUCAGCAGUUAACUGCUCGCUGUGUGUGUGUAAAAAGGGAGUGACAGAAUGUCGGAGGAAGGAGUGUCCCCCAGUCAAGGAUUGUCCAGUGGGAAAGACCAUCAACAGGAAUGGGUGCUGUGCAAUUUGUACUGAAAAACCCGGCGUCUGUACAGUGUUCGGUGACCCCCAUUAUAACACCUUUGACGGAAGGGCCUUUAACUUCCAAGGGACGUGCCAGUAUGUUCUGGUGAAGGACUGCUCCCGUGCUGCCAGUUUCCAGGUGCUUGUGGAGAACGACGCUCGGCGCACACAGGCCUACUCUUGGACCCGGUCAAUCGACCUGGUGCUGAACACGGGGACCGUCAGCUUGCUUCAGCACCUGACUGUGAAGAAGGAUGGGGUGAAGAUCGCUCUGCCCCAUCAGGGUCAAAACUUCUCCAUUCAGCUGGAGGGCUACUUACUCAAAGUAACGACAGCAGUAGGUAUUGAGAUCUUGUGGGAUGGAGACAGUUUUGUCGAGGUUAUGGCAGCUCCCUCACUGAAGGGCAAACUCUGCGGUCUGUGCGGAAACUACAACGGACACAAACGAGAUGAUCUGAUCGGUGGAGACGGCAGUUUCAAGUUUGAUGUGGAUGCUUUUGCUGAGUCAUGGCGUGUGGAGAGGAACAAAGUGUGUAAACAGGCCCAGCGAAGGCUCUGGCCUCACGUCUGCUCCGGCACUGUGAAAGUCAAGUUCCGUGCUCACAGAGAGUGCCAGAGACUCAAAUCCUGGCCCUUCAAGAACUGUCAUUCCAAGGUUGAUUAUGUCUUGUUCUACAGAUCCUGUGUCACUGACAUGUGUGAGUGCCCCAUGCACAAGAAUUGUUACUGCGAGUCUCUAAUUGCCUACACACGGGCCUGUCAGAGGGAAGGUGUGCAUGUGCACUGGAAGCCAGAGAUGAGCUGCCUGGCAACUCAGUGUAAGCAUGGUGCUGUGUACAACACAUGUGGACCAGGCUGUCCAAAGACCUGUGAAAACUGGAAUGAAAUCGGCCCUUGCAAUAAGCCAUGUGUGGCAGGCUGCCACUGCCCUGCAAACUUGCUGCUUCACAGAGGACAGUGCAUCAAGCCAUCCUUGUGCCCCCGGUGAACAGCCCAAGGAUCCAGAAGGUGAAUAAGAUACUGCCUGGCCUGCUUUUAGCUUGCUCCUAACAGUAAUUAUUUUGAAAAAUGCCUGCUAAUUCUAAAGUCAGCAAAACAAAAAUGGCAAAGACCUACCAAGUUAAAGGGACUUGGUUUCAGUAUAAUCACCACCUCUGGACGAUCCGUUUCAGGGAACGCCAAACCGGCAGCUGCCCAGAAAUGCAGCCACCGCUGAGAAGCAGUCCGAAUGGACCAACUGAGUAGCUACCGGACUAGUCAGAGGCUGGGAUCCAGCACUGAUUGACUCAGUACACAAAGACAGACCCAGCAACAUAUUGGGGAUGCCUGGAUAAUACCCAAGGGCACGCUGGUCAUAGAGAGUUGAAGGAUUCUGCAAUACAAUGGCUUAUCUAUGGAAUUCUUAAAUAAAAACUUCAUUGGCAUUACAGAAGGGAUAUCAUUCAUUAAUCUGGAUGUUUCAAAUAAAGACGGAGGAGGAAGUCUGUUUGAGUCUGCACUGAACCAGGAUUUUCCUCAAUGACACAAAGACUGAAGCAAUGAGGAACAAUUAGCAUGUAUGAAGGACUUGAUGGCAACUCAGAUCAGAGUCCUAUUAAAGCUUUAAAAUCAU